CGAUCGUAUACUUCGAUGACGUAAGAGUUCCCGCGAAGAACAUCGUUGGAGAAGAGGGCCAGGGAUUCACUUAUCAAAUGAUACAGUUUCAAGACGAGCGCUUGUGUGCGGCCGCCGCAGCCGUAUCACAAGUGGACCGUAUUAUCAAUGAGACUAUAGAGUACUGUCGACAACGCAAGACAUUUGGUUCCCCUCUCAUCGAUAAUCAAGUGAUUCACUUCACUCUCGCAGAACUCAAAUGUGAGGUCGAAUUACUUCGUUCCUUAGUCUAUAGAGCGGCCGACGCUCUCAUGAAUGGAGAAAACGUCACAUUCUUGGCCUCAAUCGCCAAAUUAAAAGCCGGACGUUUGAGCCGAGAAGUGGCCGACAAAUGCCUUCAAUAUUAUGGAGGAAUGGGUUAUACAAACGAUAUG